AUGUCUGACAAGAUCAAAGCCAAGGAACUUAGAAAGUUGAAGAGAACCGAACUCAUCGAGAAGUUACAAGAACUCCGUACCGAGCUCUCAACUCUCAGAGUCGGUCAAGUCAAGGCUAACCAACCAAACAAGCUCUCCCAGAUCACUGAAGUCCGUAAGUCAAUUGCUCGUGUUUUGACUGUGUUCAACACCUCCAGAAAGGAACAACUCCGUAAAUACUACAAGGACACCCCAGUCACCAAGAGACCAUAUGACCUCCGUACCAAGAUCACCCGUGCCAUGAGACAACGUUUGACUCCAAAGCAAUUGGCUGCCAAGCCACUCAAGGUCCAAAAGGUCCUCGAAAACUUCCCAAAGAGAGUUUUCUACGUCAAGGCUUAA